CUCUCUAUCUCCCGCCCGCAAACCAGAUAGGAAAAGAUGAGUAGCGUAGAAAAUGCCUCGACGAAUCCGAUACUCCUUCUCUCUCCUCGCUCCCUUUAUCUCUCUAAAAAAUUGUUUGAGAAUAACUGGAAAUGACGCAUGCACUUUCGAUCUCAUCUAUAUGAAAACCCUACCUCUCAUUUUCUCUUUCUAACACAUUCUCCCUUUCGACCAAUCUUCUUCUAUUGAUUUAUCCGGUUGAAUUAUUUUUUAUUACCUCGCUUUUCACUUUUGAGGGUGGAACUAGAAACUGUGGAGUUGAUUAUUCCCCAAGCUGUUCAACAACCAACCCCCACCACCCCCGUCCCCCCAAAAAAAAAGAUGGAUGGAAUGUCAGGGAGGGAAAGGAUAGUUAACGCUCAGAUUUGUUUAGGAAAUGGCCAGAGGAACCACAGGAAGGCGCAGGUUUGCUUCUCGACCAUCCAGGCUCACCCCAUACCCUUUGCCAUCCGCUAAUCAAUCUGAACACAUGCAUCAAAAGAAAUGCUCCAAGAUUUUUGAGAACAAAGAUUGGGAAGAUGCAACAUGUUCUGUAUGCAUGGAAUAUCCCCACAAUGCUGUUCUACUUCUGUGUUCCUCUCAUGACAAAGGAUGUCGCCCCUAUAUGUGUGGAACUAGCUCCCGCUAUUCAAACUGUCUCGAUCAGUACAAGAAAGCCUACACUAAAUUAACGCUGCCUCAUCAGACUCAGUCUCUUCAAGGUUCAACUGAUCCUUCAACUGUGGGCUCUUCUGAGAAACAUGGGGUAACUGAACUUGCAUGCCCGCUUUGUCGUGGCCAGGUGAAGGGUUGGACUGUGGUUAAACCUGCCAGAGCGUAUCUGAAUGCUAAGAAACGAAGCUGCAUGCAUACUGACUGCUCAUUUAAUGGAAGUUACAAGGAGAUGAGAAAACAUGUUAGGGCGGAGCACCCCUGUGCUAGGCCACGUGAAGUAGACCCCCUCCUUGAACAAAAAUGGAGUAGGCUUGAGAGGGAACGAGAGAGGGAUGAUGUUAUCAGCACUGUUACAUCUUCAAUGCCAGGGGCAGUGGUGUUUGGUGAUUAUGUGAUAGAAAGAAGUAAUUAUGGUUUUGAUUCAGAGGAUGAGGAGGGUUUUGAUGCAGAUGUGGUGGAUCGUAAUGAAGGUGUUGGACUGGGAAUCAAUAACAAUUUGAUGAAUGUGCUUCUGUUUUUGCAGGCUGUUGGUUCAACAGGGAAUAGUGGGUCAAAUAGAAGUAUGAGACGGCAUGAGAGAUACUUAAACGGGACAUUGGAUGGAGGUGUUAUCGGUAUGGAGCAUAACCACUCAAGGGGUGGUUUUGAUUACUCCGAUGAAGACAUGGACAGUAGUGGUGAGGAUAAUCAUGAUAAUGGUAUAUCAUUAGCUGGUCGUCUCCGCCGCGAAGGUAGGGUCCUUUUGAGUCGCUCUGGGAGGAGACGGAGGCAUAGAGAAGCGAAUGCAGGUCGGAGAUAGAUAUGUGUGUGUAAGUUUAACAUGUGAAAAGGAAGAUGAAACUUUGAGGUCUUAGUUCAGUGGUAGAAAAUUUACAGGGUCCUAACAUCUUCACAUCCAACUGUGUCAUAGAUGUCUUAUAUAACUGUAUCAUAUUGAUGUUUAAUACAUGAUGGGUUGUAAUUGCAUGAUAGGAGGAUAGGUACUGGGGGGUGUUGAAGAAGCCAGUUCUGUAAUUUCCACUUUGUAACUGUGUCUUUGCACGGGUUUGGAACUGUUCAAGCAUUGCUUUUUAUUCGAAGAUGUUCUUGAAUGUAUGCGAA